CAAGAAGAUGCCCCUAUUACCUUGAAGCUGUCACGCAAGAAAGAACAUCAAGUACAACUCAUCACGUCGUAAUUGCCAGUGUCCCAAAAAGUCGAAACUCAUCGGAAAACCCGGCUGGCAAACUAUCACUGUUGUCAAAAUGGACCAGAGUCGUUCGAAAUCCCCAAGUUUUGCCACACGAGCUGUCCAUACCGGUCUGCCCCGAGAUGUUAGUACAGGAGCACUAUCUGAACCAAUCUACCUCACGACAACCUUCACUCAAGACCAAAUUGGCGUUCCCAAGGGACCUUAUGUAUACUCCCGCUCUGCGAACCCUAACCGGGAGAGUUUCGAGCGCGCCAUUGCCGACCUCGAGGCAUCCAAAUAUGCAGUUGCAUAUGCGUCUGGGAUCGCUGCAACUGCAGCAGUCCUGCAGACUUUGGCAGCAAACUCCCACAUCAUCUCCAUAGCGGGCCUGUAUGGCGGCACGCAUCGAUACCUGAGCCAUCUCGCUCCCGCGUAUGGGAUCAGUGUUAGCUACACUGACAAUAUCGAGGCGGAGGUUGAGCAGCUUAUUAUUCUCCAAAACGACAGAAACAACAGCAACAGCAACAGCAACAACAGCAAGCCCAAGACCACUUCUCUCGUGUGGAUUGAAACACCGAGCAAUCCUCUCCUUAGGCUGGUCGACAUCGAGGCCGUUGCCAGCGUUGCACACCGACAUGGCUGCCUAGUAGUUGUGGACAAUACGUUUCUGUCGCCGUAUAUCCAGAACCCACUCAAGCAUGGUGCAGAUAUCGUGCUCCAUUCCGUCACGAAAUACAUUAACGGUCACAGCGACGUACUUAUGGGCGCACUCGCGCUCAAUUCCGACGACUUGAAAAGGAAACUCUCCUUUUACCAGAACGCUGCCGGGGGCGUACCCAGCCCGUUCGACUGCUGGCUUGCGCAUCGGGGUCUGAAGACACUGCAUCUUCGCGCUCAUGCCGCUUCAGCAAAUGCAAAGAUUCUAGCAUCGGCUCUCGAGUCGUCUCCUCGCGUUGUGGCGGUGCAUUACCCUGGAUUGGACUCUCACUCGCAGCGCCAAGUGGCGAUUAAACAGCACCGCGAGGGUCUAGGUGGAGGUAUGAUUUCGUUCCGCAUCAAAGGCGGCAGGGAAGCAGCGGAGACAUUUUGCACGCAGACAAGGCUCUUUGCGCUAGCGGAAAGUCUGGGUGGAGUCGAGAGUCUGUGUGAAGUCCCCGCGAGCAUGACACAUACCGGCAUGCCCAGAGCCGAUAGGGAAGCUGCGGGGAUUUACGAUGAUUUGAUCCGCAUCAGCGUCGGGAUUGAAGGCGCAGAAGACCUUUUGGAUGAUUUGAAGCAGGCGCUAGCUGUUGCGGUUCCUGAAAAGGAGUAUUAAUAUCUCUACCAUGGAGGAGAGAACCUAAGUCAGUCAGGCACGUACCCCAGGCAGCGACACAAAAAGCCCACUGGGAAACGAGGUUCACUGGUCGGCAUGGCCGCAUGGCACUGGAACAGGCUUGUUUUACAUGGACACUUAUAUGAGAGCAGAAAUGCUGGGCGAAAAAGUUACAGUUUUUGUGUAGAUGAGGGUCUUCAUCGUGUUUGUACUCCGUAGUCAUUGUAGCUUAUCCAAAUGAUAAAUCCUCAGUGGAUGAGCAGAUGUCUCCAUAUAGAUUGAAAUUCACAAGUAAAUAAAGGUAGUAGAGAGAAUGGAUGGACGU